AUGAGCCAGCCUAGUAGUGGUUCCUCGCCUGCCGGAACAAAAAUUGUUUCUCAACAAGUGGCUCCAUCGGUCGCCGGAGUUUCUUCUUUGCCUGCCAGUUCCCAUGUCGCCGGAACAUCUUUGACUCCCUCCGCCGCUGAAGUGCCUCCACAAAACGUAAGUACUAUUGACGUCACAACAAAUCAACCAAUUGUAAUUGCUCCUUCUGUCGCCGGAGUGCCUACAAGUUCCACCGCCGCCGGAACAACUUAUGCCAUAGCUACCACAGUUGCCAAUGUUCAACAUAACCAACAAAAUUUUGCUGAAAAUAAUUUAAGCUCUUCUGCACAGCUUAAUUUGGAAGGCCUUCAAAGUCAGAUCAACAUUCUUCAGGCCCAGUUGUUAAAUGCCCAGCGAGCGUUGUCGAUUGCCACAAACGCUAAUUCGACGCCGAGUUCUUCAGCCGCCAUGCCACAGCCAUCCAAUAUGGCGCCGCCAGUAACGGGUACCAGCGAAGUCAACGUUGACAAUUCUGCCUCAGCCAACGUUGACUGCACUGAACGUCGUACGCCAUUUUCUUCGGUAAGCUGCAAUGAAAAUAAUUUUUCGAAUUUGUGUGGAAGUCAACCGUUGCCGCCAAAUUUCCGAUUGUCUCAAAAUGGUGGUUCGUUAUUGAUGCAUCGAAAAAUUUAUGAUUUACCGGAUUUUAGUGGCUCGCCUGAAGAUUGGCCCAUGUUCUCAACGGCUUUUAAUCAAUCGACUGCUGUUUAUAAUUAUAAUAAUUUUGAAAAUUGUUUAAGGCUCCAAAAAGCUUUGAAGGGUGAUGCCCGUGAAUGUGUGAAGUCGUUGCUGAUCCAUGCAGAUAACGUGAGUAUGGUUAUGGAACAAUUGUGUUUUCAAUAUGGUCGCCCAGAGAUGCUUAUUCGUUGCCAGCUACAACAAGUGAAAGAAAUUUCGCCCAUUAGUGAAAGUGCUGUGGAUAAGCUUGUGCCCUUUGCUGUUAAAGUGCGGAAUCUUGCCGCCUUUUUGGAAACUGCUAAUGGACAACAGCAUUUAGCUAAUCCAACAUUAAUGGAAGAAUUGGUCGGAAAGCUUCCAAUGAGUAAACGAAUGGAGUGGGCCCGCUGUGCCUCAACAAUAAAACCAUACCCAACUAUUUUGGAUUUUAGCAAAUGGCUCAAAGAUGUUGCUGAUUUGGUAAGAAUGGUGCAAACUACAAGUGGAAAUCGUCAAAAUAAUGAACCCAAAAGAAAAGUUGUCCUUCAUGCUGCUGAUGGUCAACGUAAACAACAAGAAUGCCCUAUGUGCCAGGCAAAUCAUAAAAUAUUUGAUUGUAGAAAAUUUGGUUCAUUAAGUGUGCCUAAUCGUUGGAGUGAAGUGAAAAAAAUGAGGUUAUGUUUUUCGUGUCUGGGUAGUGGACAUUCGAGUAGAUUUUGCCGUUAUCGAAAGACGUGUCACGUGGAUGGUUGUCUAAGAAAACAUAACAAAUUAUUACAUGAUGUCAAAAUUAAUGAUGGUGGAAAUAAUACGCUUUCGUCUGAGUCGCCUGCUCCAAGUGGUUCCACAAAUGAAAAUGAGUCUGUUCUUAGCUGUGUGUCUAAAGCUGCAGAUAAAGGUGUGUUGUUGUUCCGAGUGGUGCCAAUUGUGCUUUAUGGUCCCAGUAACAAAAUUGAAACCUAUGCGUUGUUGGAUGAAGGUUCAUCGGUUACUAUGGUGGACAGCUCCUUGGUGAAGAAACUUGGUCUUCAGGGGCAUCAAAGUCAAUUGAAUUUGAAUUGGUAUGCUGGUAAGGCAUCACAAGAAACGGCAACAGUGGUUGAUAUGCACGUAAGUGGAAUUGGUAAGCAGAGAAAAUAUGCCUUGCGAAACGUUUAUGGAGUUUCAAAUUUAAAAUUGCCGGCCCAAAGCUUCAAUAUGGAUUUAAGUCGCCAUCCUGGUUUGCCCAUUAAAUUAUAUAAUGAUGUUGUUCCCAAAGUUCUGAUUGGAUUAGAUCAUUCUCAUCUGGGACUUCCUGAUGAAAUUGUGUCUCUGGAUGAAAAUGGUCCAUAUGCUGCUAACACCCCAUUAGGAUGGGUCGUAUUUGGGAAAAUGAUGGGUAAGCAAUCUAGCGAAAAUUUGUGUCUUUUGUCAGUUCAGCCAGAGCAAAGACUCUAUGACUUAGUGGCAAAUUAUUUUGAAACGGAGAAUUUUGGUGUGAAGUUAUUGCCGGUCAUAGAAUCAAAGGAUGACUUACGGGCUCGGAAAAUUAUGAACGAAACUACAGUUAAGAUUGAUGGUAGAUUCCAAACUCGGCUCUUGUGGCGUGAAGAUGAUGUUGUGUUGCCUGAUAGCUACUCCAUGGCUCUAAAUAGACUUGUUGGUAUUGAGCGAAAGAUGAAUAGAAGUCCUGAAUUUGGUGCUGCCUACAAAUCCAUCAUGAGGGAUUAUUUGUCCAAGAGGUAUGUACGUAAAUUGUCGCCUAUUGAAGCUGCUGAUUUGUGCCCCAGGACUUGGUAUCUUCCGCAUUUUGGAGUGAUUAAUCCUAAUAAGCCAGGAAAAAUUCGUUUAGUGUUUGAUGCUGCCGCAACUGUUGAAGGUGUUUCCCUGAAUUCUAAACUGCUAAAAGGCCCGCAGCAAUAUAAGCCUCUGCCAUCCGUUUUAUUUAAUUUUCGAGUUGGUGCUGUAGCAGUGUGUGGGGACAUCAAAGAAAUGUUUCACCAAGUUAUUGUAGCUCCUGAAGAUAGAUGCUCUCAAAUAUUUCUUUGGCGUGAAGACACUAGAGAACCACCUGAUUCUUAUGAAAUGCUAGUCAUGACUUUUGGUGCUGCUUGCUCGCCUUGUGUAGCCCAUUAUGUCAAAGAAACAAAUGCCCUAAGCUAUCGUGAUAAAUAUCCUCGUGCAGUGAAGUCGAUUGUUGAUCAUCAUUAUGUAGAUGAUUUUGUGGAUAGUUUUCCGACGCAAGCAAGGGCCAUUGAGAUUGCCAAACAAGUGCGCGACAUUCAUAAAUCAGCUGGGUUUGAACUACGUAAUUUUUCAUCGAACUCUUCUAAAGUAAUUGUGGCUCUUAAAGGUACAGUGGAAAGUCCGGUGAAUUUUUCCAGCGAUGUCAACCAGCUACAAUCAGAGAAGAUACUUGGUAUGUAUUGGCAACCUAAAGAUGAUACUUUCAGGUUCAAUUUGAAGUUCCACAACGUGAAUGCUGAUGUUAUAGAAGGUAUGAGGUGUCCAACAAAACGCGAGCUUUUAAGUGUGGUUAUGUCCGUUUUUGAUCCACUUGGUUUCCUGAGCUACUACAUGAUAACGGCAAAGUUACUGAUGCGUGAAGUUUGGAGACACAAUAUACGAUGGGAUGAUGCAUUGCCCGGAGAAUUAAACGAGAUGUGGAAUAAUUGGCGCCAAGAGCUACAAAAUGUCAUCCAUGUUAAAGUGCCUCGAUUUUAUUUUAGAAAUGGUGUUCCUUCUCGCCUGGAACUACAUGUUUUUGUCGACGCUAGUGAAGAUGCAUUUGGUGCCGUGUCAUACUGGAGGUCUAUAAAUGCUGAUAAUAAAAUUGAAGUGACUUUUGUAGCUGCAAAAACUAGAUGUGCUCCUCUGAAAGCAAUGAGUAUUCCUCGGCUCGAACUUCAGACUGCUGUAUUGGGUACUCGUUUGAUGGGUACAAUUUUGAAGGAACAUUCCAUUAAGGUAUCAAGAAUCGUUUGCUGGAGUGAUUCAACCACCGUAGUUGUUGGAUUGGAUCUGAAAGCCGAAGAUAUAAACCCUUUGUUGCCCAUAGAAUUACUGAGAUUCUUGAUUCUACUAGCCCAGCAGAUUGGAGAUGGCUGCCAACAAAUCUUAAUGUUGCCGAUGAAACUACAAGAAUGA